GACGCAGGCAACAGGAAGAACACAUUAAACGGCAAUUACUUUUGAGGAAAGUUUUCACAGCGAGAAGCUACCAAAACAAAUAGUGUAAAGAAUGCAUUUGUCUAGAGAGAGGAUUGAUAUAUCAGCGACGAGUUUUAUUUGAUUUCGGUAGACAUUGAGGCACUUUCAUCCGUUCAGACUGGAUCAUCUGCUCUCUUUGUUUACAUAAUGAAAAGCUGACUAGCUAACGUUAGCAACCUAGCUUUAAAAAUCGAGUCAUAUGAGCUGUUAUCUUCCAGCAGCUUUGUCCUCAGUCACGAGUGUGAAUUCACAUUAUUGGGAUAGCUAACGUACCUGCACACAAGUGAGAGGUUGUCCUGUGUCUCGCAGAGUCUUUUGAAGAAUAACAAUGCAAAGCUAACGUUUAAUGUGUGGAGCGCUAGGUCAUUUGUUUUGUCACCUGCGAACCUGCAGCUAGUUUCUAAAGGCCUUGCCUGCAGCGUCUUCAUGUCAACAUGCCUUGUUCCUGUGGCAACUGGAGAAGAUGGAUCCGGCCGCUGGUCGUCGUGCUUUAUAUAUUGUUGCUCCUAGUCGUCCUGCCACUGUGCAUCUGGGAACUGCAGAAGUCAGGGGUUGGCACUCAUAACAAAGCAUGGUUCAUCGCUGGGAUAUUUGUCUUCAUGACCAUACCCAUAUCAUUAUGGGGCAUCCUGCAGCAUCUGGUUCACUACACUCAGCCAGAGCUUCAGAAACCCAUCAUCAGAAUACUGUGGAUGGUCCCAAUCUACAGCUUAGACAGUUGGAUUGCAUUAAAAUGGCCCAGUAUAGCAAUUUAUGUGGACACAUGCAGAGAGUGCUAUGAGGCCUAUGUCAUCUACAACUUCAUGACCUUCUUGCUGAACUACCUGGAGAAUCAGUACCCCAGCCUGGUGUCCAUGCUGGAGGCCCAGGAUCAGCAGAGACACCUCCCCCCUCUGUGCUGCUGCCCGCCCUGGCCAAUGGGAGAGGUUCUUCUGGUGAGAUGCAAACUGGGAGUGUUGCAGUACACCGUAGUAAGACCUAUCACAACAGUGAUUGCCUUAAUCUGUCAGCUGUGUGGAGUUUAUGAUGAAGGCAAUUUUAGUUCGAAAAAUGCAUGGACGUACCUGGUCAUCUUCAACAAUAUGUCACAGCUGUUUGCCAUGUACUGCCUGGUGCUGUUCUACCGGGCUCUGAGAGAAGAACUCGGUCCAAUCAAGCCAGUGGGAAAAUUCCUAUGUGUCAAAAUGGUGGUGUUCGUCUCUUUCUGGCAAGCUGUGUUCAUUGCUUUGCUGGUAAAAGCAGGCGUUAUCUCAGUGGACAGUACAUGGGACUGGAAAAGUGUGGAGGCUGUAGCUACUGGCUUACAGGAUUUCGUCAUCUGUGUGGAGAUGUUUCUGGCAGCCAUUGCCCAUCACUUCAGCUUCACCUACAAGCCGUACAUCCAGGAGGCUGAGGAGGGUUCUUGCUUUGACUCUUUUAUGGCAAUGUGGGACGUUUCAGAUGUCAGGGCAGACAUUUCUGAACAAGUCCGCAAUGUUGGCAGAACAGUUAUGGGUCGUCCCAGGAAGUCCUACUUCGGUGAGGCGCAGCAGGAUGGGGAGCGAUCUGGCCUGCUCUCCUCGGCCUCCCAGGAUGCCAUCACAGAAGCGGCAGCCUACCCUGUCUCUCCCAAUGGUCAGUACCAGGGUCUGGGCAGAACCCCCACACCUCACUCCCGGUCGGCCCCCGCUGGGCUCAGCUCGGCCCCCUGGGAUGAAGGAUAUGAAGCUGAACCUGAAGCUGAACCUGAAAAAAGCCAGGAAGGGGAAAGGUCCGAAACCAAAGAACCAGCUGAGGCAGAUCUCAUCGAGAUCACCUAGCCUAUCGUUACGGCCGAUGUUACUAAUCAGACAUUGUUGGGCGGGACCCAAUCACAGCCUUGCCAUGUUACUUCAGAUGUUACUGUACUGAUGCAGUAUUAAAACUGCUGUUUGAAGGGCACAUCAACAAAGUAAUAGAAGUUUGCAAAUAAAUGCAAAGUCAGAUGGACCUCUCUCCCAGUGACGGCUCCAAGAAUGUUCAGUGAAGGUAUGGCACUAAAUGAUUUUAUUUAAAAAAAAGCAUUUUACGCAGUUUCGUUGUACUUAGGAGUUAUGGCACAGUAGAAGAAAGAUUUUAAAAUGAAUUGUUAUUGGGAAAUUCCAGUUUAUUUGAAUGUGUCUCGAAGCAUACUGUCGUGUGUGUUGCGAUAAGACACCAGUUAACCCUUGCUGAACUCUGAUCAAAGCUUGGAUGAAUAUCCUUUCCAAACAGGAAAUUGCUACUUUUUUUGUGUCCAAACAUGACCUCAAAUGUUACAGUUGGGUGAUUAAGUGAAAUAUGCAAUGUUACUAAAUGUUUUCCUUAUUCUAUAUCUUACUUUAUAUAUGGGAUUUCAGAGGACAUUGAUUGAAAUAAGUAAUGUUACAUUGUAGUAUCUACGGUACUAAAGCACAUUAGAUGUCCAGAAUCCUCUUAUUUUGUUGGCCCUAGUCCGUAAAGUCCCUGUACCCCAGAGGGAAGGGAUUCAAUAGCAGAAGCAACACACUUUGGUGAUGCACAUUUGAGACUAAACGGUCUCAUGCAGUAAUUAACUACUGACUAGUGCUGAAAGAUGUGCCCUGAUGGAAUAAAAAACAAUAUAUUUGUUUGAGUAUAUACUGGAUGUACAGUCUGAGUAUUAAGACAACAAACACAAUUCAAUCACUGUUCAAAUCAACAGUCUGGUAAUUCCUCAACAGUGCUUAAUGCACACAGCUAACUGAAACAUGUGAUGCCUUGUUACUUGUGCCGUGGAACUACUGCAGCCACUACAUCAAUACAGCCUUUAUAUUCCAGGAUCGGUUUUAUUUGAUGAGAUGGUACCCUUUGAUUUUAGCUGGAAUGACCAUUUGUUGUCUUCUUCCGAGCUCUUUUGUCAAUGUUGUUACAUGAUUUAUUUUGAGCAGGGAUAUUGACAUAUUUAAUGCAAGUGUAUGAUAUCAGUUUGUCCGAAAAAAGACACAAAUGUAUGGAAAUAUCAGCAUCAUGUCUGACUAAAGCACAUUGCCUUAUAUCAUUUUUGUUCUUCAAUAAAACUGACAGGAUGACAUCAGAGCUGAUGUAAAUGAUUCCACUUCUCUGACAGUCUCUUCAAUAAAUCAGAUAAAUUACAAUUUC